AUGAAGGAGAAACUAAGAAAGGAAAAGAAAUUAAUAAAGGACGGAACAGAGAUAAAGAAACCAAAGAAAAUUGGAAGAGAAAAGAAAGAAAAGAAACGUAAACAGCGUAUUAGCGAAGAUCAUCCACCUGUCGGAGAAUUAGACGAACCGAUAAUAUGUGAUGUCUGUGAACAAACGUACAAAAAUAACGUGGCGUUCGCCUUACAUUCCAUAGUUCAUAGUGAAGACGGUAAAUAUCACUGCCAUUUGUGUUCAUAUAGAAACGCUUCAAAAUACCACAUAGAAAUGCAUGUUCGAGCCCACGAAGGUGCGACCAAAUAUAAAUGCGAAAUAUGUAAUAAAGCUUUCACCGUUAGUACUCACGCUUUAGAACACAAAUACUUCCAUACCGGCGAAAAACCAUUUCAGUGCGAAAUAUGUGGAAAACAUUUCAUGUUCUCUUGGUUUUUAGCGUCGCAUAGACGAACUUCACAUUAUGAAAUCCUAACAGGUAGCCCCCUAGUGAAAUUCGAUUGUACUAUUUGUAAUAAACAUUAUGCUUCCGCAUCGGGUUUGCGAAGACAUAACUUGAAAAAUCACAACGAAACCGGCGUAGAUACUUCCGUACUUUGCGAUAUUUGCGGUAAACAAUUGUCCAGUAGGGAAAAACUGAAAUUCCAUCAUCGCACUCAUACGGGUUAUAAACCGUAUGGAUGCCAAACGUGCCCUAAACAUUUUUCAAAAAAGGAACAACUCAUCGAACACACCAGAGUACAUACGGGCGAAAAGCCGUACGUGUGUAAAUAUUGUGCGAAAGCAUUUACCCAAAGAACUCCUCUAAGAAUUCACGAGAGAACGCAUACCGGCGAAAGACCAAAUAUUUGUCCUAUAUGUAGUAAAGGUUUCAUUUCGAAAACCGCCUUGGAAAGCCACAUCAGAAGUUGUUGUAACAAUUCACAAAUUUUAAUACCUGAAACUAUGCCGUUGCCUUACCAUUCUUUCUAUACUACAAACUCUAUAACUCCGAUGACUCCCGGUUCAGAGGUUUCGGAACUGGAACAUAAAUUUUCACUUUCUGAUGCUUUUCUUGAUCCCCGACAACACGUCGAUGUCAUAGGUCACAUAACUCCCAUGUAG